AUGCCUUUCAAGCCCUUCGCACAUCUCGCCCGUGUCAGUGUUGCCAAGGGAAUCGCCCAUACUUAUGCUCCGUCUGUUGUCGCUGCUGGUCAGUCACUCGGACAAUUCCAGAAUUAUCCAGCCACCAAGUUUGCAAAGACCGCACAACUCCAAAAUGCCUUCUCAAGCCCAUCAGGUUCUGGCGCAGGUGCGAAGGCGGGUCAUACCUCUCAAUCAGGCGGCGGUGAUGCUGGGCUAGCCCAGUACUACGCAGCCUGGCAACAUGCGCAACAGACUGGCGAUGACUCGGACUGGAAGAAGCAUGAGUUCGCGCGAAGAAUAGGCUGGAAAAAUCAAGAGAAAGUUGUACCUACUUCAAAACACCACCGUGCCGAAUCUUACCGAGCUGUCGACCUCCUUCGGCCCUCUGCACGCCUGACUGUCUCGCGCGUUAACAGCGAACGAGCCACUCCUAAGGUUCAAGAGGCUGAGGAAACUCUUGCGGAAGCCGAAGCUCUUGCAAAGGUUGACGAAGAAAUCGCGAAGGAGAUCGCGUCUCGCCAAAGAGAAAACACUGCUACUUACGAUGAAGCGGUCGGCAGUCCCGUUGCCAGCACACGAGUUCCGACUCCCUCCAUCCAAGAGACUGGCGCGACCGAACUUGAGUCCUCCACCAGCCUCGAGCACACAUCGCCACCUACCGAUAUCACCUCGCUUGCAUCGGAGGAGUCUGCUCUGUCCGACCAGAUCGUCCAGCUUGGUUUCCAGCACCGAUAUAGCGAAAUUCCCGCUCUAUUCGAAACAAUCAUCAAGGAUGGUCAUGUGCCAACGGUGGAGGCUUAUAAUCAUAUCUUGGUCUCCGCCAUUAACCUGGGUCAAGGCUACCAGCCCUGGCCCAGAGCUCUCGAGGUGUACGGGGACAUGACGAAGAGAGCCGUCGAACUCAAUGGAACAUCAUAUGUGAUCCUUCUCCGCUUCUUGGCUGCUAGGAGUCUCGAGGCAUACCAGGUGCAAAAGAAUCUUGGUGAUCGAGCGGCUCGAUACGGUAGUGAGGGUUCUUUGGUCUUCCCUUCUGCUACCAGACAACAUCAGCUCUACGCUGCUGACACUUCACUUGCCUUUGCUACCAAGCUGUACAACAUUGCUCGGGCUACUCUCGAAGAUUUCCGACUCUCGGCAACAGUAUACAAUUCGCUAGUAAAGGCCUGUGCCCAAUCGGGUAUGGUCGAGCAUAUGAAUUCGCUUUUGGCCGAUAUGAAUGCGCAAAACAUUCCUUUGGCGCCACAGCUGUACACGACUGUUAUCGAUGCGCAAGCUUCCGUCCAAGACAUCCACGCCGCACAAGGUCUUUACGAGGAGUACCGUGAUCUCGCCAUCAGCAGAGCCGCCAAUGACCCCCUUGACUUGAAGGUGUACGCUUCCUUGAUCAAGGCUUAUUAUGCUUGCGGGCUUGCCGAGACUGGUCUACGUUUCUAUGAGAAGAUCCUUCAAUCCUUCGGCGGCUCGGCGAACGAGCAAGCUUUGUCAGAUAGCUUGACAAGCUCCUUCGUGCUGGACGGGCUUGUUCGACAUCACAUUGAAAACCAGGCCUACUCUACAGCGAUUUCAAGCCUUGAUGACUUCACCCUGUUGCCAGCCGUACGAGAUGAGGCACUGUCAAGGAUAUCCACUGCUGCAGCUGAUGCAGGAAAUGCUGACGAAGCUGUCCGAUCCUUUGAUGCGAUCAAUCCAACGAGCUUGAAGGCCGAGCCUGUCAUGGCACUCACUGCUUUGCAUAUUCGAAGCGGCGAAAUCAACAAAGCCAAGUCGACCUGGAACAAUGCUCGCUCCCUGUCGAUUGUUCCAAGUACCGACUUCGCGGCCAUGUACGGCUUGGCGUUGAUCAAUUCUGGUUCUAUUGAAGAAGGAGUAGCUGAAGCCCGAUCGAUGUUCCAACGCAUCCGUUCCUCAGCCACUACUGAAACAAGUCGUCAACUCGCUGUGGCGGAAAUUGACGAGGCAAUCAUUCUUUUUGGUGAAGCCCUUUCGAAGCAGCAGGCUGUGGUCUCUGCAACAGCAAGCAUCACCUUGUUGCGGAGUAUGAUCGAAAACGGAGGUCUUGUGUCUCCAGUUGCCCAGCAUGCGAUUGCAAGCUUAGGACCAGAAUGUGUCCAUCAGCUUAAUGCUCAGGACAUCGCCUUGGCUCUCCAUGUUCAGGCUCAAAUGCUGAUGUAUCACGAAGCUGUGGAUGCCGCUCAUCCGGCCAGGUUUUCCCAUCUAUUGGAGACGGUGCUCAACCGUGGCAUUCUUAUGGAUCCGUCUACAGUGCACGUGGUUAGUGAAAGCCUACCCAAAAUUGGCGCCACUCGACCCGAUCUGCUGCAACGUUGGCAUGAGCUCCUCCAGCCUGCUCCCCCCACUCCAGUGGCAUUGCCGCAAUCGCCUUUGUCACCACAUCCGGCGCUUCUCGAUGCAUCGGCCAACGACACUUAUGAUCCUUACGCGCAUACCACCGAUUUCCGUGCCUCCAAGGCGAUAUCCGAACUGGUUGAGAGUACCACGGGGCGCAUUGAGAAUCAUCUCAAUGACGGCCUUUCCCGGCUGAGAAAUGUGCGUCGAGCGGGCAGAAAUCUACAUUACUCCGCUUACGCUAAGUUGAUCACCGCCGCGGGGAAAGCUAAACAAUCGAACUUGAUUCAGGAGAUUCUGAGUAUGGCCCACGUCGAUGUCCCAAUGUCGUUGCAAAUCCCAUCUGUUCGUGCGGGUUGGAUUGCGAUCUUGGACUCCAUGAUUGCGGCUUGCUUGACUGUUGGAGAUCGCCAACAAGCAAGCAAGUUCCAUCAAGACCUGCUGGAUAUGGGAGCGGCACCUUCUGCAAAUACCUUUGGCAUCUACAUCACUACGCUUGAGGGUACAUUCGAUGAAGCGACCGAGGCUGUCAAGAUUUUCCAACGUGCUUUGUCCGAAGGAAUCGUUCCAAGCGUUUUCCUCUACAACGCCGUCAUUGGCAAGCUUGGUAAAGCUCGACGGAUUGACGACUGCCUCCGUUACUUCGGCGACAUGGAGGGUCGCGGCAUCCGCCCUUCCUCUGUUACAUAUGGUACACUAGUGAACGCUCUUUGCCGAACAAGCGAGGAACGCUUUGCAGUGGACAUGUUUGACGAGAUGGAAGCAGCACCCAAUUAUCGUCCUCGACCUGCUCCGUACAAUUCUAUUAUCCAAUAUUUCCUCAAUACGAAGCGUGAUCGCAGCAAGGUCCUGCAGUACUACGAGCGGAUGAAGUCCAAGAACAUCAAACCCACCUCUCACACCUACAAACUGCUUAUUGAAUCGUACGCGUCUUUGGAACCUGUUAACCUCGCAGCAGCUGAAUCUAUCCUCUCUGAAAUGAAACAAAGCGGUGUUCAGCCCGAGGCGGUUCACUAUGGGUCAUUGAUCCAUGCUAAGGGGUGUGUUAUGCACGACAUGCCAGCUGCAAGAGCCGUUUUCGAUUCCGUUUUGCAAGAUGGGAACAUUCGUCCGACCGACACACUUUAUCAGAACUUGCUCGAAUCAAUGGUUGCCAAUCACGAAGUUGAGAAAACUCCCGAGAUUUUGGCCGAUAUGAGCCGACGUGGGGUCUCCAUGACUCCGUACAUUGCGAAUACGCUCAUUCAUGGGUGGGCUGGAGUUGGCGAGGUUGCAAAAGCCAAAGCGAUUUACGAGCAACUUGGUAUGGAUAAGCGUGAGCCCAGCACCUACGAGGCCAUGACACGGGCCUUCUUGUCCGCAGAGGAUCGUGCUGGUGCCAACGCGGUGGCGCAAGAAAUGCUGAAGAAAGGGUAUCCCGCAGCUGUCGCUGACAAAGUGCUUGCACUGGUGGGUGGCAUUACGGCCUAA